AUGGAGUGGCCGACCAGUUCAUUCCCAGGGCCCCAAGAGGAUACUACUAGUACUGCUGCUGGUACUCAUCUAGAUCGCCUCCCCAUCGGUCAAUUCCUCUUUCCCCAGUCAUCAGCCGCUCCAGUGUCCCAGCCCGACUCCUCCAUCUUUGCAAAUCACUCCUAUGGGGCCUUUGCCUCGAUUGCUGGUCCGCCCCGUAGUAUUGAACCUCCAGUUUGGACAGUCAAUCCGACGGGUGGUCUUUCAAGUGACAGAAACAUUCCACCACAAGGCGGUGUGGCGCAGACUGCUCAAGCGCCUUUUGCCUAUGAUGAGAUCCCUGCCGAGUCACUUGAUUUGUUGUAUGGUUCCACUCGUAUUACUGGUGGUCAGCCCCUGCGACUACCAGGAGACUGGACGGAUACCAAUGCAGCCACGAACCCAACCUGGGUUGCCCCCAAUAGCGCCAUGAACCACCGGCCACACCCAGCUCCGGGAAGUAGAAUCCCUCGUGCCCCAUCUAAUGCUCAUAGCCCACCAAUCUUUGAGUGCAAAUGGCGAGGCUGUUCCAGCUCUACACGGUUCAGCACUGAAGGGGACCUUGUCCGCCAUCUUAAAUCAAUCCAUAUCUCCCCAGAUGCGUAUUCCUGUUUAGUUUGUGGCCAAUCUUUUGGUAGGAAGGAUCACCUCCGAGACCACCAGAGGCGCCGUCAUCGUUGCUUGGUCUGAGACUCUCUGUUUAUUAUUCGUGUUUCAUGUUGGUAUUUCGGUAUUUCCUGUAAUCUUUCUCUUCUUAUUGCUUCUUCUUCUUCUUCUU